UAACCACCUUUUAAAAUAAGAAACACAGAGUGGAUUCAGACAUGAAAGCCAAGAGGUCAGAGCAAUAGGUAAGAGCUGAGAUUAAAAACCUUACCCUUCACUGCCGCUGCUGUCCUACCUCUCCACAAGAGAGCUACUUCCUGUGUGUUUGUGCUUUUUAUUGACUUUCUAUUCUGCCUUUUCAUUGGUUGUAAAUCCAACCACAUGACCUCCUCAUCACUGCCCAUCUGUACAGACCUCCAGGUCUUCUAUGGUUGGUAUUGAGAUUAAAGGCAUGUGUCUCCAUACUGGCUGUAUCCUUGAACACACAGACAUUGGCCUAGCUCUGCCUCCCAAGAGCUAGGAUUAAAGGCAUGCAGCACCACCGCCCAGCUUCUGUGAUGGCUUGCUAUUAGCUCUGACCCCCAGGCAACUUUAUUUAUUAACAUGCAAAUAAAAUCACAUUUCAGUACAAUUAAAAUAUCACCAUAUUUCCCCUUUUCUAUUUUAAUAGUGCUGUGGGAUGUUCUGUAUGGCAAAUAUGUUAAUAAAUAAAACACUGAUUGGCCAGUGGCCAGACAGGAAGUAUAGGCGACACUAACAGAAAAGAGAAUUAAGGGAACAGGAAAGGAAGGAGGACACUGCCAGCUGCCGCCAGCACAAGCAGCAUGUGAAGAUGCUGGAAGAAUUUCAUAAUGCCUGUGAUUAUUAUUGAGCAUUUCCACAAAUGUUUACAUCAUAUUCAGGAAAAGAACCAUAAAAACCCCUCUAAGACAAAUCCUUAAGUUGAUCAUGAAAAGUACCAGGGAAGGGACACUGAGAUGACAAUGUCUAAAUUUGAAGUUUCCUAUCUGGGAUCAUCCACGUGAUGAGUACUGCAAUGCUGAGUCUCUUUAUUGGAAGCACAUCAUUGCACUGCCCAAAGAGGUUGGAAGAGGGCAAAAUGUCUUCUGGAACUGGAGUUAGAGAGGGCUGUGAACUACCUUUUGGGACUACUGGAAAGGCAUCAACUCCAACCUCCCUCACUGAGCAAGAACAGCAGAUGAACAAGGUGGAUAAACUGACCCUUCAGCUACAGAUGAUGACCAAUGAAAGGAAUGAACUCUCUAUAAUCCUGGCCAAUUUCACCAACAAUGAUUUGAACAACAGGCUGAAUUUUGAGCUGGAGAUGUUGAAUAUGGAGCAUAAAAAAGUGAUGGUGGACCUGGAGAAAUUCCCUAAUGAGAUUAGUGAGGCCUUGAACAAGUGCAAGGAGUUGACCGAGGAAACGGUCUCCUACAGCAUCCUUCACAGCCAGCUCCUGAGUGAGUGGACUCAUCUGAAGGAAAAAGUGAGCAUCUUGAGAGAGGAGAACCGAAAGCUGAGGGGGGAGCAGAUUUCACUACAAGAGUCCUGUGAGGAGCUGAGGAGGCUCUGUGGGGAGGCCCAUGAGAAGAUCUAUGACCUCUGGGCCAAGGAAAAGCAGAAACAGGAAAGAUUGGAGGAGAGACUGCAAUACCUGCUGAAGCAGAGAGAUCUGGUCACCAAGCACAAGGUCUUGGCAGAAAAGCUGCAGCAUUACUUCACUGUCUCCCAGAUGAGCCCCAAACCUAACAGGGAGAGUGUUAGAUGGAAGACAGUGUGCCCUCCUGCCUCUUCAUUUUCCUUCAGGAUGGCACCUUUAGAGCACCACUUAAGAAAACUCCACUCUAGCAUCAACACCUCCUCAACAAAAGACAUCUUGUAGCUGUGAACUAACCAGUGAGGAAAAUCCCAACCUACCAGCAACCUACCAAAUAAUGUUGGUGCAUUAUUCCAGGAGAAAAUAAAUCAUCAGAAAGAAGCUUGAGCUACAGAGGACCUGCCAAGACUACUCAGAACCCAGACAUCUAUUAACAAGUGGCCCUCAAACGGGACACAGCAGCAUGGGGAGGGUAUGUUGGUGAACCAGAGUUACUCUGUCGGUUUACUCUCCAUGUCUUUAGUAAGCUGUCUGAGUCCUCCACAUGUGGUGAGAAAUCUGACAAGAAAGCCUGCAUGGCUGUCAUGCUGUUAUCUAUACAUACCACAUGGAGAAGAAUAGGAUUCCCUCCCCAGGGCAAUGCUGAAGCCAACUCCAUGUCACGUGAAAGUGUUGCUGAAGAUGACGCACUGCAGAUACUACAGCACUCCCUCACACCUAUGUUAGUCAGUCAUCGGAUCUUCCAUCAAGAAAAUGACUAGGGAUUCUCCAGUGUCACAGCCUGGACUGGCAUGACUGGUCCUGAGAAAGAACUUAUAGAGGAGGUCUGAGUCAUCUUUGGUGCUUUGGAAAGCCAAAUGUACUCCAUUGAUUCGUUGAGUCUAGAGUAGAAGAACAUUUGUAGCUUAAGUUUUUGGAGGGGUCUUUUCUUUGCUGGGGUUUUGUUUGCUUGGUGUUUUUAGUUUAGUUUAGUUAGAAAUUUUGUUAUUUUUUGUUAAUUCUUUUAUUCUUGUCAGUGUUUUAAUAGUUGGUAAAUAUAUACACUGCAUUUACUGACUGCCUUUUAAAAGUCCCCACUGAAGACUUUUUAUGAAUAAAAAAGCAAUUUCCAACUCUUUA